GCAAAACUUUAGAAGCAGAGAAGAUCUUGUUUACGGGUCUGUCAUAAACUCUUGGGAUUCAUUGCAAAUUGAUUCGACAUUAUUGUGUGUCUUUCUCACGAUAAAGAAGGCCGUUUGUUACCAUUCUCACUGAAUCAUAGUCGUUUCGUUUGGGAGCUGAGUUAAAUCAUCCCUUACAAGAUGCAGAAGUGGUUUUCUCUGAGCAGCGCUGACAAUGAUUUACCACCACAACAACAGCAGCAAACGUCUUCGUCUCUGCUUGCCGAUUGGAACUCCUAUUCGGCUUCGAAAGCUUCAGAUGAGAGCACUAGCGGCACCCUAGUCGCCGGAUUCGAUCUCGAAGCCGCCGUCAGGUCUGCCAACGACACCGUCACCGGAACUUUCAACGUGGUUUCAAAAGGUGUGAGAGACAUGCCUGGAAACUUGCAGUCUGCCACCAGUAGUAUCCCUUCUGGGAAAUCUCUCAUGUAUUUUGGCUUAUUCCUGGCAUCUGGAGUGUUCUUUGUGUUCAUCGCAUUUGCCUUGUUCCUUCCAGUCAUAGUACUGGUGCCUCAGAAAUUUGCAAUCUGCUUUACUCUUGGAUGUGCCUUUAUCAUUGGAUCAUUCUUUGCACUCAGAGGUCCAAAGAACCAGUUUACCCACAUGUCAUCAAAAGAGGUAUCAAAUUGGUAUUGUAGUUAUGCAUUUCUUGUUCUUUUUGGUGUUUUCUCUCAUCCUUUCUUCCCAUCCUUUAUAUCAGAGACUUCCCUUUACAUUGGGAUUCAUUGGCAGCAUGAUGGGUACCAUUUAUGUUUCGAUGUUUCUUCAUAGUUACAUUCUCUCUGUCUUCUUCUCUGUGCUACAGGUAUCAAACUUCUUGCUUACUUAUUGUAUCCCUUAGGAGUGUAUGUGCUUUUAGAAUUUUUUUUCCUACUUUUUUUGUGGCUCUUCAGUGAUAUACUAUUUAUUUUCUGUGAAUGUUCCUAUGAUGCCGUAGUGUAAAAAGUUUAAUUAACUUCUUUAAGCAGAUAUGAGACAGUACUUUAUGUUUUGCAAUUUAAGUGGGGAGGCUGAUGUUUUCCCAUCCGUGUAGGUUCUUGCGCUGGCGUACUAUGCUAUAUCCUACUUUCCCGGUGGAUCUGCGGGGCUGAAAUUCAUUUCGUCUUCCCUAACCUCUUCAGUGCUAAAAUGCUUUGGAAUGUGACAUUAACACCAUUGUGUUCGUAAUUGCAGUACUUGCGCGAGAUAGAUUUCUGUGUAACAGUUGAAAUUACCUUAGUUUUACUGAAUAUCUUGAUUGGUUCAACACAACUAUUUGGAAAAGCCAUGUACAAUUCAUUUCUUUCAAGUUUUCAGCAGUUAAUGGAGCAUGAGUUGAAUCCAAGGCCGGCUCAACA